CGCUAGGGAGCGCGAUACGCCAUUCUCUUUACGAGUGAUCUCUUUUUUCACGCCGUUCGCCAUCUUGUAGCCUGAAAUUUUCUUUGUUCGUAAAGAAAAUUCGAUUCAAGUUUCAGCAAUGUCACGAUAUAGAGAUAAUUGUCCACUGGACUGUAAAGUUUAUGUUGGUGAAUUAGGAAAUAGUGGUACUAAACAUGAAUUGGAAGAAGCAUUCGGCUAUUAUGGUCCUCUAAGAAACGUAUGGGUUGCUCGUAGCCCUCCAGGAUUUGCUUUUGUAGAAUUUGAAGAUCCAAGAGAUGCUAGAGAUGCUGUUAGAGCAUUAGAUGGAAAAAUCUUGUGUGGACGUCGAGUCAGAGUAGAAAUGUCAUCUGGUAAGUCAAGACAUUCUUUUCGUGGACCCCCUCCUCGUCCAUUUCAUCCAGAAGAUAGAUGUUACGAUUGUGGAGAAAGAGGUCAUUAUGCAAGAGAUUGUAAGCGUGUUGGUGGUAGGCGACGACGUUCAAGAUCUCGCUCUCAUUCCCGCCGCUCUCGUUCUCGUGGACGUUCUGCCAGUCGCAGCAGAAGCAGAAGUAGGACUCCAGCUAGUCGUAGUCGUUCGAAUAGCAGAAGUAAAUCUCAAAGCCGAUCUCCUAGAGGUGGUGGACGCGACGUAUCUCCACCAGGAUCCAGAUCUCCAGACAACAGAAAUGGUUACACCAACUGAGAAAAACUGCAAUAAUUUGCAGUUAUUAUCACUUUUUCUUCUUUCUGUGUAUCACAUAAUAUACUUGCAUGUGAAAGUGUUGUUUUCUUAGAUUCUUUAAAAUGACUUUUCUGUCGUGCUCUAUACUGUCACAUGUAAAAUUUUUUAAGUUUGAUAUAUGAAAUGACUUUGUUAGGAGAUAGAUAACUCCUUAAGUAUAAAGCAUGUCUAACAAAUAUAGAAGCUCAGAUUGUUACUGUAGUAUUCUGCAAAAUCAUCAUGAAUUUCAUUGGGAGUGUCAUGUUUUUCUCUUAUUAAAAAAAAAAUAUAAAACUGUUUCAUCAUCAGCUCCCUUUUAAUGUAGAAUAAUGUCAUCUUUGGGACCAUUUUCAAAUAAACUUUUUUAUGAAAAUUUGAUUUGCAUGAUUGAUUUCAUGCUCUAGCAAUAGUUAACAUAAUCACCCAGAAUAUCGAAAUGAAUCUGUAACUUGUGCAUAACACAAAUGCCUGUAACUUACAUACAGGAUGGAUUUAAAAUUAAAUUAACAGUGUCAUCUUUGAGACCGAGAUGCUUUAAAAAAAA